CAGGGCCAGCAGAACCUGGAGCUGGCAAGCCGUCUUCAUGUCCUUGUGCAGAGCACUGCUCUCGAGGGGAUGGAUGACGAGGGCACGGCCUUGUCACUAACUCGCGUGCAGGUGAUGAUCGCCGCAGCUGCACGGCAACUCGUUGCUGGAAGCAAAUGGAUCACAAAGGAGACCUUUGACAGCCGAAUGGAGCAGAUCAGAGGAGAGUACUUCAAGGAACUCCGGAUCAUGCAGGGACGACUGGAGGAGUUGAUGCUCAAGGUUCAGCAAGCCGCUCCGCUGCAAGUGAACAUGCCGGCCGUGCCCGGAAAGCUGCCAAAGAUGAUCUUUCAGAAGGUCCCUGGCCAGGCUACUCCAGCGCAGUCAGAGGUUGACAGACUUGGAACAGCCCCAGCAGGGGGUGCUCGGCCACCAAUCAUCGCACAGCAGCCCAUGAGCGCUCGUGGCUUGCGACCAGCGACAGAAGGAAGGCCUCGUGGACGGCAGGGUCAUCAGUGAGUGGAAUCCAACAUGGGAAACGUUGAGGAGGAUUUCUACUUUUUAGCGACUUUAUCUAGGAUGGUGCAAUUUGCAGUCCGCACUUGCCACUUGCUGGCAAAGCCACAAAUGUGCAACUAGGAAUCCAACUGACCCAGUCACAUUUACUAGAUGCGCUUUCAUAUGAUUCCUUCAGAUGAAUUUGCACAAGAUCUUGCUUUGAUUGCUUCUGGGGACACUCCUUUGCCAGCGCGCUAGAAACAAGGCCUGCAAAGCAAGCCAGGAGCGCGGGUCAUGGCAGAAUCGGAGCCUUACUGCAUGUGGGAAGUUACUAAAAAAGCGAAAAUUCA